GUCUUGCUCCGGUGGAGGAAGGUUAUCGCCGGCGUGCGCUCCGGCCGAUAUGAUUUAAAUUAAAUGUCAUCUGACACACAGUGCUGAAAUUAGUGAUGCCGUGGAUUGUGCCUGCGCGCUCGCAUACGAAGGAAGUGAUCGGAGGUCGAUCAGCGUCGAUCCUCGCCCCGGAAUCUCGAUUUUAAGUUCGAAUUUGUUCCGCGCACACUCGCGCUGAUCAUCUGUUUAAGAGAGACUAGCGUAGUAUUUUUAGCGUGCGCACUCACACUCACACACAGGAGGAGAGGAACUCUUUCUCUCUCUCACACUCUCUCACUCUCUCUCUCUCUUUCUCUCUCUCAUCGGUAAAAGGAAGUGUGAACGUAACUUGCGUUACUUUAUAACGAGUGUAAAGUGAAAAUCUUGACGAGUGUCGUCUGCGAAGAAUGAUUAUUAUUAUUAUUAUAAAUAUAAUAAUAAAUACAAAUAAAUAGCUAACGGCCCCUGUCUAUCAGGGUGAAGUUGCAUUUCGGCGUCACGUUUUGUGCGUUAGAAUAGCGAACGCAAACAUUAGAAAAAAAUAAAAAGAAGGAAGAAGUCGACCUGAAUGAAAUAUAUACUAGAACGUCGACACAUGUAACACGCAGUGUGAAUUAAAAUUAAAAUAAAAUAAAUUCGGCUAUUUGGUUGAUGUUGGCCCGGCCCCUCCCCCCCUUCUCUCUUCCACUCUCCGUCGAGUGCCACAUCGCUCUGGAAUAAGUGUUUGUGCGUGUGUUUGUGUGGCCAGGAGGAAAUAUUGUUUUUGAAACUGACCUGGACGGGAUAAGCGGAGAUAUUGCGUCAUCGAGGUUUGACCCAGCCAGGUGGGUGGUGGUGCCGCCGUCAAGUUGGGAUAUAAACAUAUCAUAUCUAUUAUGAUAAUAAUCCUUUAGAACAGCGAUUGGAUCAAUUUGAAAUUAAGUUGUGGUGUUUGUGCAGUGAUUAUCAUAAAGGAAGAAAAAUUCAAAAAAUUUAGCGCUGUUUAAAAAGGGUAUUAGUUUCUCGGACUUUUCGCUACCUUAGGAGACGCGAUAGCGAUAAGUUCUCGAGGAGAAAAAGCAGGAGUGAACUUCUCUUCCUCCAACUCCGCCUCCUCCUCCUACUCCUCCACGCCCGUGCUGGGAGAGUAUGUGAUCGCGGGCGUGGGUGUUGAGAAACAGCCCCGCCCAUACCACUCCCUGUCUACUUCUACUUUAAUAAAGAAUGGCGUAGCAGAGACCAUGAGACGCGACAGCGGGUGUAGGGAUACCGGGAGGCCGCCACUACCACGGCUGCCCUCUAGAGGCCGUCCCUUCCUCACCCUGCUGACGAUCGCCGCCGUAGGCCUAAUGCUCCUGUUCAACUGUACCGCUGCGGCCGUCGGGGGCAGCAGCAGUGGAGUAGGAAAAGCAUCGGCAGCGGCGAUGGAACGACAUUUGGGAUUGCUGGACCACCCGACGUCUGUCAUGCCCUCCCCGCCGACGACCACGACGGUUCCCACUUGCCUUCGCAAGGACGACCUAAAGAAGUUGGGGAGGGGGAAUGAGGUGAAGACCAGACGUCUGUACGUAAACGAGAAGGAAGAAGUCCUGACGAUGCUGUCGUCGAGCAGAGUUCCUCAGCAGCUCAUGACGCGGAUAGUGGCCAUCUUCCUGAAGGACUGGCUGGGCUACGUGAACCUGACCAUCACGACGGUGCCGAACACGUUCCAUCCGAGCUCCGUCGUCGACGCCAUGACGGCUCCCGAGGGACACAACGCCUCGGAAGUUGUGCCGGAUCUGAAGAUUUAUACAUUCCAGUCCGUCAUCGCUUUCAUCACGGGACAGUCCAUGACGUCAAACAACACCAACAGUGCAUCGGAACAGGUGGUCAUUCCUAAGGCAAUGGCGAACCUGGAAGUGUGGAUUCCUCCAGGUUACAACUUGGACCCUUUAACGUCAGAUUUUGAAACCAGCAGGUUUCUUGGAUCGGGUGGGCGAUUUGGAUGGUUUAUGCCAGAGACUAUCCAUCUGGAUACUUCCAUAUUAGAUCACUGGAGAGCUUUUGUCACACCAGACUCCCCAGUUCUGCACCUGUUUUCUAGAACAAAUGAAGAACUGGGUGCCAUGUCUGAUAUGAUGACAAACACUUCGACUGGCGAGUAUUAUUGUAGAGAUGAAUAUGGCUGUAAGAACGGCAUGUAUACUCCAAAAAAAUGUGAGAAUGCUGUGUGUGCCGUACUGUUUGCAUCUUAUGCAGAUAUGAAUAUAACAGACUUUUUGCGGCGCCAGUUGAGAACCAUGGAUGCCUACGUGAAAGUGGUGUGGCUGGGGCCAAAUUUGAAUCACGACUUCAUAAGAAAAAAUACUAAUCUCAAGAGGCCCAAUAGAUCUGUACUAAUUUUCCACUGGUGGCCGUCUGUCCUACUGCAGCCAUUCAAAUUCUCAUCUGUUGGAUUUGCACCCUGUAUCGACAGCUCAUAUAAAUCAGAUGGACAAUGGCCUUACCAAUGUAAAUAUGAGAUGCAUCGUUUCCAUAAAUUCGUCUGGAAAAAAUUGAAAAGAUAUGCGCGGUUUGCAUAUGAUGCCCUUCAUAAGGUUCAGAUAAAUCAUACAGAGUUCAUGCAACUCAUGAAAAACUACAAUGAUGUACGUGGCCCGAAGACUGAGUCUACUUUAAAUGAAGUAGCUUGCCAGUGGAUAAAAAAGAAUCAGGCUCAUUGGGACUACUGGCGACCUGCUGUUGACAAAGACAUUUUGAAGUUAGUGGGAUUAUUUCCUAUCAACUCCAGUGACGAGAGUCGUAACAAAUUCAUUGCUCCUGGCAAUGUCCCAGCUUUCAACAUGGCUGUAAAGGCAGUCAACAACAACAGUACUAUUUUGGCAGACUACAAAAUUGAUCAGAUUACAUUGAAUGGUGCCUGUGAACCAGCAAUGGUGAUGCGUCAAUUCAUUGAAAUUAUCCAGACUUCCUCAAGCGAAGGAUUCUACAACAGUAUGAUUGGUUUUGUUGGUCCAGCCUGCUCAGAUACUGUUGAACCUGUUGCCGGUGUAUCAAAAUAUUUUAACAUGCCCAUCAUUUCCUAUGGGGCAGAAGGAGCCAUAUUUUCAGAUGAGGAUUACCCAUACUUCUUUCGUACUAUACCUGAAAACAAGAUUUUUAGAUAUGUGUUCAAUGACUUUUUCCUACAAAUGGGAUGGUCACGCGUAGCAUCUCUCAAUGAAGACGGCCAAAGAUACUCAGAAUAUUUGACAUUACUUCAGGAUUUAUUAAAUGAGAAUAGUAUUCAUUUGUACAUAAGGAAGUAUCCCCAAGAACGAGCUGAACGCAACAUGACUCAGUAUUUGCAGGAUUUAAAACAAAAGAAAUACUUCAUAAUAAUUGGUGACUUUUAUGAAGAUGUUGCUCGAUCUGUUAUAUGUGAUGCUUAUAAUAUGAAGAUGACUGGUGAACAGCGAUAUUUGUGGUUUCUGCCUCACUGGUUCUCUGCGCAUUGGUACGACACUGAUAGACUGCGAGAAUCUGAGGGACCCAAUAGAAAUUAUCAGGAUUCACUCAGGGAUCCAGUAGUUACUUGUACAACUGAACAAAUGAGGCUCGCUCUUCAAGGACAUAUGUCAUUAUCUUACAAAUAUUUUGCUGAAAACUCUUCAGUCAUGCAAGAAAACAAAACUGUCGAAGAUUGGCGGAAAGAAUACUCUAAGACUGUGAAGAGUGUUCAAGGGCUUGCUACUGAGUCUAACUAUGCAGGCUUUACAUAUGAUGCUGUGUGGACUUAUGCCUUGGCACUGGAUGCCCUCUUCAAGGAAGAUCAGUCGUAUGCAGCUGACCUAAGGGCACCCAAUGCAACAAAGGCAUACAUCAGUAAGAUUAAAUCAGUUGCUUUUGAUGGCGUCUCUGGCCCAAUUAAUUUUACAUCAGGCUCAAGAGUAACUGAUAUUAUUGUGUGGCAAUUCAAAGGCAACUCGUAUGAAGAGGUUGGAAUUUUUCAUCCUGGACUCACGAGAAAUGACACUGGAAAACUGAAUAUCAGAUUGGAGAAACUCUUCUGGCCAUCUAAUGAGAAACCUGAUGAUGGGAGUGACAAAUGUGAUAUAGAGGGGUUUAGGAAGCUGCUCAAUGUAGAGUGCCGCACAGCAAUCAUCAUAUUGUGUGCUGUUUGCUUUGGUGGCCUUGCAACAGUACUCAUAGCAUGCUUUGUUAUCUUUAAAAGAAGGUAUGAAAAAAGACUGGAACAAAUCCAGGAACUGUGGAGGGGUCGACCGUUGUUUGAAAUUUUUGACGGAUGGGAAAUUCCUCGAGAUAAAGUGGUAAUAAAUCGUAAAAUUGGUGAAGGAGCCUUUGGCACAGUGUAUGGAGGAGAAUGCCAGUUUGAUACAAAAGGAUGGGUUGCUGUGGCAGUGAAGACUCUGAAGAUUGGAUCAACUAUUUCUGAGAAGUUGGACUUCCUUUCUGAAGCAGAGAUGAUGAAAAAUUUUGAGCAUGAAAAUAUUGUUCAACUAAUAGGGGUCUGCACCAAGAGUGAGCCAAUAUAUACUGUUAUGGAAUUCAUGCUGUAUGCUGACUUGAAGACAUAUCUUCUGGCUCGAAGGCAUCUCGUAAAUGAAAAAAGCCGUAAUGACGAUGAUGAAGUCAGCAACAAGAGGCUGACUUCAAUGGCACUUGAUAUUGCACGUGGGCUUGCUUAUUUAGCAGAAAUGAAAUAUGUGCACAGGGAUGUUGCUAGUCGUAACUGUCUUGUGAAUGCCAACAGAACUGUCAAACUUGCAGAUUUUGGAAUGACCAGGCCUAUGUAUGAGAAUAACUACUACAAAUUUAAUCGUAAAGGUAUGCUACCAGUACGAUGGAUGGCGCCAGAAUCACUAACAGAGGGAGUUUUCACUACCAUGAGUGAUGUCUGGUCAUAUGGUGUGUUGCUGUAUGAAAUUGUCACAUUUGGAGCAUUCCCGUUUCAGGGAAUGUCUAAUGAUCAAGUGUUAGAGCAUGUCAAAGCUGGUCAUACUAUAGCCAUACCAAAAGGAGUGAAACCGCAAAUGGAGAUUUUACUGAGGAGUUGCUGGCAUCAUGUUCCCACAAGAAGGAUUCAGAUUUUACAAAUAAUUGACUAUUUAACAAAUUACCCGCGUUUGAUAUCGCCUUGUCUAGAUGGACCACAGUCAUCAGUGCAGAUUGAAGACACUGUCUCACUUGAGUUGAGAAUACCUGAUAAGACAAGGAAACUGUCACUAUCAAUAAAUAAUCGCUUACCUCAAGUGGUGUCGAGUCGAAAGCGAUCAAUGAGUGGAAAUAUGGUGAUGAAUGUUCCUCCUCUUACCUCGAGUCUAAGCGAGGAUGGAAUGAUAUCGGCUCAUUCCAACUUAGAUGCUCUCAAUCUAAAUCAUGUGACUUUAGAGGAAAAUGAAAUGGGAGAGGACCCUUUGUUACCCCCUGCUCAAUAUGUCUCCUCUGGAUACAUGUCUAUACCACACAAAGACCUAAAAGAAAAGGAAAGUUUAGUAAGUAGACAGCAGGGAGAUUAUUGCGCUACAGAUCUACCCGGUGACUUGUGGACUAAUGUUACUCCUGUAUAGGGAAACGCCUCCUUAGGCAAAUUUAAGUGACCAAAGUAGUGUUCUAGUAUUUUACAUAUAGAUCUAAUAUAUAUAUAUAUGUAUGUAUGUAUGAUAUAUACAUACAGUGUACAUGUACAUAUAUAUAUAAUGAAUAAACAAAGUUUUUGCAAGAAAAUAAUUGUGAAACACUGAUGUGCCAAGAUCUUUCAUCACAUCUCGAUUACCAUUAGAGAAACUGGACAAAAGAUUGCUGUGCUGAGGGUUUUCAUCUUCACAGCAGUAACUUCACAUAUAUGUCAUGUUUUAUCUUUCAUGAUACAAAGCUUAAUGAAAUACAUGUGUCUAUCUAUACACAAUAUAUUUAUGUCUGUGUACAUGUAUACACACAUCAUAUAUAUAUAUAUAUAUAUAUA